GCUGAUAUGAUUGAACUUGUGUUGAAUGAAUACAAAAUAAAUACAAAAGUAACCUAUAUGGUUACAGAUAAUGCAUCAAACUUUGCUAAGGCAUUCAGACUUUAUAGCACUACUGAAGAUGAAAUAGAAACUCCAGAAAAUGAUUCACUUAUAUAUUCAACGGAUAUUUUUGAAAUUUUAAGUGAAGGGGAAGAAAGACAUUUUAGGCUGCCUAAACAACUGCGCUGUGCUUCGCAUACAUUCAAUUUGCUGGCCACGAAUGAUGUGAAUAAAUUACAAAUCAAAGAUGGACCAUAUAAAACAUUAAGUAGAAGGGCUUUUGGAAAGUGUAAUGCACUUUUCAAUAAACAAAAUAUGAGUACAUUGGUGGCAGAUAAAAUUAAAAAUCAUCUAGGUCGAUAUUUAAUCACACCAAAUGAUACACGUUGGAAUGCUUUGUAUGACUCUUUGAGUUUUAUUAUAAGCCACUUUGAUGAAGUAGAGAAUAUUUGUACUGAUAUUCAGUUGCCUUGCCUAAGUAAACCACAAGAAACAGAUUUUUUGACUGAAUAUUGCAAAGUUAUGAAACCUAUUGCAAAAGCUUUAGAUAUACUGCAAGGAGAAAAAUAUAUUUCUAUUGGUUAUCUUCUCCCUACAUUAACAGCUGUAAAAAAAUCAUUAAAUCAACUUAUAUUGCAUGGAAACCUAAAAUAUUGCAAGCCAUUAGUUGAAGUGCUGAUCAGUGGAUUAAAAAAACGGUUUGAUACAAAUUUUGAAUCUUCAGACAUGAAAUUAGCUGCUACUUUAGAACCAAAGUUUAAGUGGAAUUGGGCUGAAGUAGAAAUGGUCAAUGAGUUGAAAGAAUGUUUAAAAGCAAGAUUGUUUGAGCUAAUUGCAGAAAAUACUGAAUGUAUUAUGAAUGAUAAAACCAAUGAAGUCACAUAUGAUGAUUUUUUACAUUUCGAUGCUUUAGAAAAUCCAGAAACAGAUAAACUUCAAAAUUUAUUUAAUGAAUAUUCAAACUCUUCUCCUAAACUACCAUUAAACACAUUUUCUGAAGAAAUACAAAAAUUAUAUAUUAAGUAUAAUACAAGUAUUCCCUCUAGUGCUCACGUCGAGAGACUUUUUAGUGCAGGAGGCCAAUUGUUUGAUGAAAGGCGUGGAUCUAUGUCCGAUGAUACUUUUGAAAUGUCACUUCUAUUUCGUACUACUCAAGGCGGGUCCUGUGGUGGUAGAAACAUCUGUUUUUCAAAUGAGAACCCUCCCCAUCCAGGACAUUUCAAGUACUUCAAAGGAAUUCAAGAUUUUGAAAAUAUUUGA